GAAAUAAACCAACAUUUCGUUCAAGCCCCACCAUUUACCAUGUAGCCGCUAUUGUGAAAUCCCCUUACGUCCCCGCUAUCAAAAGAAUGGCUGCAAAAUUGAAGUACCUAAGCCAUAGGGAACGAAAACGAAAGUAGUUUGGGUUUUCGUUUUUUGAGUCAAACUAUCAGUUUACUUCCUCUAUCAUCGCAAAUUCUGAAAGAAAAGGGAUCCGAUCUGAUCUGCUGCAAAUGGGGGAGAAAUGGGUGUUGAUGAAAACGGCUCAGACCCCUACCAACAUUGCAGUGAUUAAGUAUUGGGGGAAGAGGGAUGAGACCCUUAUUUUGCCCGUUAACGAUAGCAUCAGCGUUACUCUUGAUCCUGCUCAUCUCUGCACCACAACCACUGUCGCUGUUAGCCCUGCUUUCCAACAAGAUCGUAUGUGGCUCAAUGGCAAGGAAAUGUCCCUUUCCGGAGGAAGGUACCAGAACUGUUUGAGGGAAAUCAGAAAACGGGCUAGGGAAGUUGAGGAUAAAGAGAGGGGAAUAAAGAUAGAGAAGAAAGAUUGGGAGAAACUGCAUCUUCAUAUUGCAUCUUAUAACAAUUUCCCUACAGCUGCAGGAUUGGCUUCCUCUGCUGCUGGUUUUGCUUGUCUUGUUUUUGCACUUGCAAAGCUUAUGAAUGUCAGUGAAGAUGAGAGUCAACUUUCUGCUAUUGCUAGGCAAGGUUCAGGCAGUGCUUGUCGGAGUUUGUUUGGUGGAUUCGUUAAGUGGAUUAUGGGAAAAGAGGAUGAUGGAAGUGAUAGUCUUGCAGUUCAACUAGUAGAUGAAAAACACUGGGAAGAUCUCUUCAUCAUUAUUGCUGUGGUAAGUUCACGGCAGAAGGAAACAAGUAGCACCUCUGGAAUGCGUGAGAGUGUUGAGACAAGUUCGCUUUUACAGCAUAGGGCAAAGGAAGUUGUUCCAAAACGCACAAUACAGAUGGAAGAAGCCAUACAAAACCGUGAUUUUGCAUCUUUUGCAAAAUUAGCCUGUGCUGAUAGUAACCAAUUCCAUGCAGUCUGCUUGGAUACGUUGCCACCCAUAUUCUACAUGAAUGAUACAUCUCACAGGAUAAUCAGCUAUGUUGAGAAGUGGAAUCGUUCUGAAGGAACCCCUCAGGUGGCAUAUACAUUUGACGCUGGGCCGAAUGCAGUUUUAAUUGCACGAGAUAGAAAGGCAGCUGCUCAAUUAAUUCAGCGGCUGCUUUUCUACUUCCCUCCAAAGAGUGAUACUGAUCUGGACAGCUACCUUCUCGGUGAUAAGACGAUACUUAAAGAUGCCGGACUCGAGGGAUUGGAGGAUGUGAAAGCUUUGUCCCCACCUCCUGAAAAUGGUUCAGCUCAGAAAUACCCUGGGGAUGUCAGUUACUUCAUCUGUACAAGACCUGGGAAAGGCCCUAUUUUGCUUUCAAAUGACAAACUGGCUCUUCUUGACCCAGAAACUGGACUUCCCAAGUAAGAAGUGCCAUACUUUCUCUCAGCAACUUUGGUAAAACUUAUCUUCAAGGAGAGUUGAAUGUCUCUGAGCUGCAAAAGUGUCAAAUAGGUUAUUUCUUCAGCUUGUUUUCGUUUUAUUUAUGUAUUUGUAGUUUUCUUUUUUUGCCCUUAUGUCCAAUUGAGGUUUGAAUCCUCACCAUGAUUGAAACAAUAAUGAAUAAAUUGGUUGCUUUAUUGACCCUCUAAACCUCUGCUAUUUCCUCUUGUAAUUUCCAAUUGGUAAUGCAAAAGACUUGAAUUAUGUUGAAA